UUGGCUCUUCUCUUAGUGUCUGGUUCCUCCCUGUCAGUCCCGGAAGCCGCUGAACCCCCGGCCAGGCCUGGCUGCGCUGAGUGCGGCCGCCCCCCUCUUCCUGCGUGCGGCCUCUUGCCGCCUCCCUAGCCCGGGGCUUAGGGGCCUGCUAACCCGAAACCCCGGAGCCAUGCCGGGUCCGCAGGCCGGGAGCAAAGCCCGGGUGUAUGCCGACGUCAACAGCCUGAGAAGCCGCGAGUACUGGGACUAUGAAGCGCAUGUUCCCAAUUGGGGAAACCAAGAAGAUUAUCAGCUGGUUAGAAAGCUUGGACGUGGCAAAUACAGUGAAGUGUUUGAAGCUAUAAAUAUCACCAACAAUGAGAGGGUUGUGGUUAAGAUACUCAAGCCUGUGAAGAAGAAAAAAAUAAAACGAGAAGUGAAGAUCCUAGAAAAUUUGCGUGGUGGUACCAACAUCAUCCGACUCUUAGACACCAUCAAGGACCCAGUGUCCAAGACUCCAGCCCUUGUUUUUGAAUACAUCAAUAAUACAGAUUUUAAGUUGUAUCAGAUUCUAACUGACUAUGAUAUCCGCUUUUACAUGUAUGAACUUCUUAAGGCUCUUGAUUAUUGCCACAGUCAAGGAGUGAUGCACAGAGACGUGAAACCACAUAAUGUCAUGAUUGAUCACCAGCAAAAAAAGCUCAGAUUGAUAGACUGGGGCUUGGCAGAGUUUUACCAUCCGGCACAGGAAUAUAAUGUCCGUGUUGCAUCACGAUAUUUCAAGGGCCCCGAGCUGCUGGUGGAUUAUCAGAUGUACGAUUACAGCCUAGAUAUGUGGAGUUUAGGCUGCAUGCUGGCCAGUAUGAUCUUCCGGAAGGAACCAUUUUUCCAUGGACAAGACAACUAUGACCAGCUGGUCCGCAUCGCCAAAGUUUUGGGUACAGACGAGCUGUAUAGCUAUUUGAAGAAAUACCACAUAGAGCUAGACCCUCAUUUCAACGACAUUCUUGGACAACAUUCAAGGAAACGUUGGGAGAAUUUCUUACACAGUGAGAACAGGCACCUGGUGAGUGCAGAGGCUCUUGAUCUAUUGGAUAAAUUACUGCGCUAUGACCAUCAGCAGAGACUGACUGCACGUGAGGCCAUGGAACACCCAUACUUUUAUCCUGUUGUAAAGGAGCUACAGGCUCAGACGGACAGCACUCUGCUUCCUGGCAGUCUGUCAGCAACUCGAUGAGGACUGGGGACUGUGGGAAAUCGCUGCUGUUCUCACCAUGUUUCCGUGAGCAGAACCAGACAACGCACUGGAGCAAAUUCUGCUACUGGCCGUAAUGAACAAGGGCAGCACAGGGGCAGUUGUAUCUGCUGGUCCCAAGAGCAUCGUAACCCAGAACCCCUCCUCACUUUACUAACCCAGACACCUUGAUGGACAGGUUUUCUCUGCUGACGGUCUUCAUUUGCAGAGACUCAUCCACCAUUUGAACCUGUGUACUCAGAUGUUCGACUGAGGGGCCCAAUGCCAGGCCUUUCCCACCUUUCCUUACCUCUAAAAGCAGGAAACUGCUUACAUAUACCUUGGUUAACCCUUUGCCUUCUGGACAGAGCUUCCUUUUAGGGGUUUUCAGGUAUCUUUUUGCAGAUGUUUAAGAAGAAUUUGCUGAGCCUCUGUGGUUAAAAGAAGCCAGCAAUAUAGUUUAAAAAACAUUGAGGAAAUACAAACCACUGCAGAUAGUCUGGAAUUGUAUGGUUAUAAGCUUGAUGUUCUGUGAUAUGGAGUUGUUUGUUACAGGGUAAUAUGUAAGAUGCAACAGAGUCAACCAACCUAUUUUAAGUCAGCAAUAUCCCUUCUGCCUAACGUAAUAUAUAUGUGUUUGUGUCUAUGUAUUUAUAUAGUAUACACACAUACGCAUAUAUACAUACGCACACAAAUAUAUGUGUACAGAUUUAAUAUACAGGCACAUUCUGGGUUAUGUGGCCACAAAUUAUUGCUCUGGGAACUUGGCAUUAAUUUCGUUACUUAGUCUUUCUGACAAAGGUGCCAUUGUCCUCUGCAGAGACAGCAAUUAACAGUCCCCAUACAGCUUGACUUAGUGUUAACAGGUUCCCUCACAUGCCAGUUAUGAUCAUUGAACUCUAAACUCUAUGGCAAGUUGCCUUUCAAGUUUGUGUUUGUAGUGCUGUACUUAGGCACUUAGAGAAAUAUUUGGCAUCUGCAUAACCAAGGCAGAACUCCAAACUUAUUAUUUCUGUUUGAUGUAGACUUAAGGUUACCAGAUUAUGUGAUCAUUUGGGGACGCUUACAAAAUCCAAAUUGUGGGGUUGCUUAUAAUGCAGUUAAUUUAAAGGCAUUUGGUUAGUAAUCCGUUCAUCCCAGCAACCUGCAUUUAUUAGACUCGUUCUUGAUAUUUUGUUUCAGGUGAUCUGGUAACCCUAUUGUAGACAUAUCAAACAGUGGGCCUCUGGACAUGAUUCUGGAGAAGAAUAGCUUGGUUCUGUCUGUUAACCCCGUUAAUACUAGAACAGCCUGUAAUCAAGUGCUGAUUCUCUGCCAUUAAAUGGUUACAAAUGUCCCUGUGGGCUUUAUUUUGAUUUGGUUCUUCCUAGCCAAGUGUUACACGUUUUGAUCAGUAGUUUAUCAGUCUUUCUAAUAGAAGCCACAGGUAAUCAAUAAACUUUUUUUGAUGGAAGACUACAGUAAAUUUUACUUCCUCCAAGACGUUCAUCCAACAUUUUCAUUUUAUCACAAUCUAAAGGGCAUCACUUAAUCGCUUAUUCAUGACCAGUGAAUCAUAAUGUAAGUGAGAUUCUUUAGAUUUUGUUGCUUAAAUCUCACCUGUGAUGUAUCCUAUCCGCAGGGUGGCGUUACAGCUUCACCUUUGUCUUGUCAUGUGGCCUAACCCAGUCUGGAGUUUCUUCCAUAACACCAUUUAUUGUGUGUUUAAAGCUACCUCGUGAAAGCUCUGAUGCAGGUUGGAAUCUUCUGCCUGUACAAUGCAUUCUGGGCUUCAUAGUCCAGGUUUGAAAUAUAAAUAUUUGGGGGAGGGAGGAUAUUCGUUAUACUAUAUUUUGUCAUUCAUUCAUUUUUUUGUUUGUUUUCCUUAAUUUUCUCCAGCAAGGAAGUCAAAGUAGUUUGCAGUCUACUGGACCUGUUGCACUGUAUGACGGUGCAUCUUUAAUGUGGUAUUAAACCCUUCAGUGCCAAAUGACCUGUUUGCAGGUUUCUCGGCAGUGAGAGGAUUCAUUAGGGAGCUGGAGGUCUUUCUAUUUGUAGUCUGGAAUUUGGUUAAUAUCCAUCUCAGGUCUGAAAUGGUAAGGUUUGCAAACACACUACAUUGUAAACCAUACCAGUUACGUUGGUAACAUGAUCCCAAAAAUAAAUGAGAAAAUAAA